UAGCCUCGAGCCAAUCAGCAUCAGAUCCGAUGAACGUUCAUGACAUUAUAUAUAUCUGCAGCCUCGCGCCGUCUGUUGUAAAAUUAUAUUAUACAUUUGAGUGUAACGUAUGCGUAAGUAGCAAAUGUUUUUGCGUGCUGUUCGUUUAGUCGUUGAAAGAUCACGGAACAGAAUGUGUCGUCUGUGAUGUGACAGCUGAAGCUGCGGGGGGAAAUGGCGGACGGAGAGAGACAGUCGGUGCAGAAUCCGAAAAAAUGAGCGAAUCAGAAAGCAAAGCGACUUUCAUUUCAGGCCAUUUGCUACAAUAACUCAAGCGCUCUCGGACAUCAAGCAUCGCGUUUAGUACGAUGAUCCUGACAGAUGAUAUGGACACCUGUGUCCUUCACCAGACUCUGAGGGCUCUGAAUGCACCAUAGCAGCAGUUCUGGAGGAAGAGGAGGAGCGAGUGUUUCGGUGGCGCCACGCCCUGCUGCAGGGUAUGGAGUACCACAGUUCAGGGACGCUGCCGCUCCUGGGCAGCCCGCGAUACUGUCCCGGCACUAACAGCGCCAGUGGCUAUCUCUGCCAGACCGGCCACUGCUGCCAGGAGACGGGCUGCUGUACCUACUACUAUGAGCUGUGGUGGUUUUGGCUGCUGUGGAGUGUACUCAUCCUGUUCAGCUGUUGCUGUGCGUAUCGUCACCGUCAGGCGAAGCAGCGCGUCCAGCAGCAGCAGAGGCAGAGAGAGAUCAACCUCAUGGCCUAUCACGGAGCGUGCAGUUACCCUUCCUCCAUGUUUGACCUCAGUUUCCUCGCCUCACUUAAACUGCCAUCCUAUGAGGAAGUAGCAGCCCAACCCAGCACCCCGCCUCCUCCCUACAGCUCCGUUGCCUACCCACGAGGCUCCGCCCACCCUGGCCCGAGUCACAUGCUGUCAUCACAGAGCUCUGACAACUACACCAGCUGCUCCUGUGACUCCUGCUGUCCGUCAUCGCCCUGUAGCUCCUCCCCCUCUUCUGCCCAGCUCACGGAUGAGACCGAUACGAGCCAUGCCUCCACGCCCUCCCUCAGCGAGCCUGGCCACAUCCACUCCGCAAUUAUGCACAACGAGAGCGUUCCGCUCAACGAAGGUGGCCAAUCACCAACACUCGAGAUCGUGGAGGUGGAGCUUCCAUGCUCCACCCCCUUGGAUUGCAAUGCGAACAACAAACCGGCGAAGAACAUCAGCACUAGUAGCACAGAUAAUGUUACUGACAUAUUAGAUGUAUCCCAAACUGUUAGUACUAACAAUAUCUGUGAUGCAAACAGCCCGACGUCGAAGAAUAUCACCAGCGUUUGUCAUCCCUCAUCCUCUUCGUCUCUGCACCUCUUCUCAAUCUCUGACCCACUUGGUGCUUGUUCCGAGCCGCAGAGGGAGGAGCCUGUAGCUCCGCCCCCUCAGUCUCCACCCAAGUCAGCUCUCUUUUCUCCCGGCGUUGAACCCGAGCGCCGUGACUCCGCCGUGAGUGACCUGGAUGUGGACCAAACGCACUUCCAGCAGCGACGGCUGACUGGCGACUCUGGCAUCGAGGUCUGCCGCUGCCGGGUGGAACGCGAAGAAGAGGAUGAUGAGGAGGAAGAAGACGGCGGACACUUACCGGCAGAGUCGGCAAUUGAGACGGGUGAUGCUCUUCACGAUAGUCCAGACUGUUCCGCCAGAGCCAGACAGCUGCCAGCUGAUGGGGGCGGGAAAGAGGCGUGGCCUGUCUCCUCGGUGCCUCCGCCCACUGAAGCGGUUGUCAUUGCCAUCGAAACUGACUGAUCUAGUGCAUAAAUGAGUGUGAGAGCAACUGUACAGACUGACGUUAGAAGAUACACAUUAAAUCUUUGGUCUUAGGGUCAAACACUACCAUAAAUUUUAGAAUAACUAAGAUAGCAACAAAUCAUGUGACACAAGACUGGCGUAAUGAUGCUGAAAAUGCAGCUUUGAUCACGGGAAUAAAUUACAUUUUACAAUAUAUUCACAUAGAAAAUUAUUUUAGCUAUUUUAAUUUAUAAUAAUAUUUCACAAUUUUACUGUAUUUUUCAUCAAACAAAUGCUGCCUUCACUCUAAAAAACACUGGGUUAAAAACAACCCAAUUUGGUACAACCCAAUUUGCCCCUGUAUGUUGCUUUGCAUAAAAUUAAAUGAUAUACAGAACAAUAACAAAUUUUUAGAUUAAAUAAAAUGUACGCAAACCUGUAUUUUACCGAAGACAUGCACCAAUUUGACGGAGCUGCACUGCUCUCUCCUGAAAUGGGUGCAAAAAGUCUGCAAUAACUCAAUACCUCUGUUAUUAUGUCUGACCCAGGAUCUGGGUAACACAAAAUCUACCCAAACACUGGUUUGUUACAUCUGACCCAGGAGCUAGGUAACACAAAAAAUACCCAAACACUGGGUUGUUACGUCUGACCCAGGAU